AUGGCUUCUCAGAGAUUGCUCUACCUGUUUUUCGUACUUUUCACUAGCUUAAUUGGUUGGUUGCAAGCUUAUCAAUUCAACGUGGGUGGACAAGAAGGUUGGGUCUCAAACCCUUCUGAGAGUUACAAUCCCUGGGCUCAGAGAAUGAGGUUUCAAGUCAAUGACACUCUCUUAUUCAAGUACAUGAAAGGUUUGGACUCUGUUUUGGUGGUGACCAGAGAAGACUACGACAACUGCAAUACGAAGGAACCCAUCGUGAAAAUGGACGGCGGUGAUUCGGUUUUCAAACUAGAUCGAUCAGGUCCCUUCUACUUCAUCAGCGGAAACAAAACCAAUUGCCAAAAGGGUCAGAAGCUAAUCGUCGUCGUUUUGGCCGUUCGGAUUAAACCCGUAUCGGCCAGAGCUCCGGCACCGGCACCAUCCCCAGAAUCCUUCUCACCAGCCCCGUCACCGUUUCUGGUUGCAAGACCUCCGUCGGCCGGAGCUCCAGCUCCGACUCCGGUAAGGUCUCAUGCUCCCGUGAUGACGCCGACAACUUCGCCGCCAACCUUAAUGGCUCCUACUCCGUCGGCACUGGCUCCUCCGGUGGCGGUGGUUGCGCCGACGCCAGGUGGUAAUACGGGGGACAUGAAUUCGCCGGAGGCGGCGCGUCAUUCAUCUGCUGCGGAUUUCACGCGCUCGGUUAUCUUCAUGCAGUCGGCUACACUUGUCUUGAGUGUGUGCAUGGGUAUAUGA